CCUUCGGGUCUGACGUCACCCCUCUCUGGAUCCAACAUGGAGUAGGAGGACCGGGGGUCUGGCGGGGCAUCCUCACUGACAGCAGCGCUCCAUCCUCGGUCACCGCGUCCCAGCCCGGUCCGCCGGGGCAGCAGGAGGCCAGCGAUGCGCUCCGGCGGCUGAGGACGGACAGCAGAACCGGGACGACCGCCGGGACCACUGGGAGGACGAGGACGCAUCACCGUCACCGGGAUUAAAGGACCGAACCGGAGCCGCCGCCGCUGCAGGGCGGAAACAUGAAGACACCGAACCGGGCCGCCGCGGCGGGAGCUGCUGAUUACCGGAGGUGAAACGGAAAAGAUGAACGAGGACACGCGCCCAGACGAUGACAGCUACAUCGUGCGAGUCAAAGCGGUGGUGAUGACCAGAGAUGAGUCGAGCGGCGGCUGGCUGGCUCAGGACGGCUGCCUGAGCAGGGUGGGCGUCUGCAGGCUGCUGCCGGCUGAGCUGCUGGGACGGAACAGCUUCCUGAUCCACGGAGAACGUCUGAAGGACCGGCAGGUGAUCCUGGAGUGCUUCUUGAAGAAAGACCUGGUGUACACCAAGGCCACGCCCACGUUCCACCACUGGAAGGUGGACAACAGGAAGUGUGGACUGACCUUCCAGAGCCCGGCGGACGCCCGAGCCUUCGACCGCGGGGUGAGGAAGGCUCUGGAGGACCUGACGGAAGGUUCCACCACGUCUUCGUCCACGCUGCAGAACGAAGCGGAGCUUGGAGACGAUGACGUCUUCACGACGGCCACCGACAGCUCGUCCAACUCGUCUCAGAAGCGAGAGCUGCCGGUGCACGCCCUGGCAUUGCCCACCUUCUGCGACUCCCGCCGCCACCACUGCAUCAUGGGACAUUUCUACGAGCAGCACCGGCCAUCUGACCACUACUUCCUGGACCAGGCGGUGCACAUGUUUCCUCGCCACGUCAGCUUCCAGGUGGGGGAGGAGAUCGUACGGCUCAACCCUCGCGAGCGUUCCUGGCUCACCGGUUACGAGGACUACCGCCACGCCAACUCCAUGCACAGCAACGCCCCGCCCCACAACCCUGACGCCUGCGUGCACUUUACCAAGAGCGAGCCACCCAAACAUGACUACGCCUACCCAUACCCGCUGGCCUGCGACAGAAAGCCGGGCCGCCUGGAGCCAGGCAGCCGCCGGGCGGUGGUGACGCUGCAGCCGCGAGCCCUGCAGCCAAAAGGCAAGCGGCGGACCGAAGACGGCGAGUGCUCACGCUGCGUUUACUGUCAGGACAUGUUCAACCAUGAGGACAAUGGACGUGGCCGCUGCCAGGAGGCGCCGGACCCCAUCCAGACCUGCAUCCGGCGGGUCAGCUUCAUGUGGUGUGCCGACAGCCUGCUGUACCACUGCAUGUCGGACCCGGAGGGCGACUACUCGGACCCAUGCUCCUGCGACACCAGUGACGAGCGCUUCUGCCUGCGCUGGACGGCACUGGUGGGUCUGUCACUGCUGGCACCUUGCAUGUGCUGCUAUGCCCCCCUCAGGGCGUGUCAUCGCUGCGGCGUCACCUGCCGCUGCUGCGGCGGCAAACACAAGGCGGUGGGCUGAGGCCCCGCCCACUCAGACGGGAAGGAGGCGGUUCUGUGUUGUUCCUGUUAUCGUUGUUGUUGUUCGUCUCGAUCUCCAGAAGGUGGCAGAAUAAAGGUUCCUGUUGUUCUUUGAGGACCAAAAGGCUUCACUCCUCAUGAAGACUGGACUUCUCAUUUCUAUAUAAAGUUAUAUAAAUAUCUAUAAAUCUAUAUAUAAAACAGCUACUUUAUAUUUUUACAUUUGUGCGUUUUAAUGGUGUUUUUUCAGUGUUCUGUCCGUCAGUAUGAAUGUGUCUGUAGUGCUCAGCGACACACUGCAGAAAACAUCAACUGUGAAAACUUUGUAGGAAAAUAAUCAUGUGGUCAAAUCACUUCACUCUGAAGGACAAACUCAACAUUUCAAUAAACUGGAGUGUUCUGAGGUGGA